AUGGGUAAUGUCUCAGCACGGUACACUGAGUUGGACUCAUCGAUGCUUCCACAGACACUCCACGACGCCGUUGCUGCCACGCGAGGUCUUGGCCUGAAGUAUCUAUGGGUAGACUCACUUUGUAUUCUUCAAGAUGAUCCAGACGAUUGGUCUCGAGAAGCUUCCAACAUGGCGAAUAUCUAUUCAGGCGCACAUGUUGUUUUGGCCGCAACGUUUCCCGAAGAUUGCACCCAAGGAUUUUUACAUGCAAGACCGACACCGCUUGCUAUUAGAUUUGGGGAAACUGGAAAAUCGCGGGCUGAAGUACAUGCGACCUAUAACAGAACGCACGAUUGUUGGGAUCACAGCCAUCGUAAUGAUCUUGCGAUCUUCAAGCGAGCCUGGUGUAUGCAAGAGCGAUUUCUAGCUCGUCGCAUUCUCUACUUCAUGCAGGACGAAAUCCACUUUCAGUGCCAAGAAGUGAGGCUCUGUGAAUGUGAUUCUUCUCACAAAUCCUACGUUGAUCCGGUCAAGGCUGAAGAUAUCAUAGGAAACUAUGAUCCCUACACCUUAGCAGCCACCGAAUGUUUUAUGCUCUUACAAGCCAAAGAACCCUUGGAAUCUUCUUUCCCGAUGAGCUUUGGCCUUUUGUGGGCUGGUGUUGUACAAGAGUACAGCCAAUUAAAUCUCACAUAUCAUGAAGACGUACUACCAGCACUCUCGGGUAUUGCACAUGAGAUUUCACAGCACCAUCCCGGAAGAUACCUUGCAGGCCUUUGGCAACGGGAUCUUGCGAUCCAACUUGCCUGGCAACCCGUUAUAUCUUCUAGCGAUGGUAAGGAAUGCUCAGUAGAGCGCACCAGGAAUCCGGGCCCGUCUUUCUCAUGGAUCUCUUGGCCCGGAUUUGUUUAUUUCUGGAUUGAUCUAGACUCCAACAUGGAACUGGUACCAAUAUGCGCAUUUGAAUCGUCAGAUAUUCAGCUGGCCACGGACGACCCUUUCGGCCGGGUGUUAGCAGAUUCCUGCAUCUGCAUCCAAGGAUAUGCUGCAGACAUACUUCAAGCUGGAUUGGAUAUCAAUGACGAUGACCUAGACAACGGCUCAGCUUAUUCGCAACUUUCGGGGGCAAAUGGAAGCUCACUGAUGAUACUGGGAUUGUAUAAGUGUGCGUACAAGGAUGAUGAAAAUGGCCGUCUAGGAUCAGCAUUAGUCACAGGUCUUCUUCUACAACCCAGAGACAAUGUAUCAGAGUACGUCAGGGUCGGUGUGAUCAACGAGGUGCCUGCUGCUCAGUUCUACGCAGUGGCACGUGAAGGGAGUUUCACAAUCGUCUAG